AUGGUCUUCACUCCUGAAAGCUUCGCAGGCCAGCUAGGCCUAAUUCCUGACAAUAUCCCGAUCAGUGAGUUUAUGCUUACAGAUCUUUAUGGACGUGUUCCACUAGGAUCCUCGAGGGAUCCUUUUACCUGCGGCUUUACCGGAAAGUCAUACUCCUCAUUAGAAGUGGUAGAGCGUGUGGAUUUCCUGGCUCGAGCUCUUGGCAAAGAGUUUGGCUGGAGCCCCAACAAAGGCACAGAAUGGGAUAAAAUCGUGGCGAUUUUCAGCCCGAAUACAAUUGAUACGCUACCAUUGUGUUGGGCAACCCAUCAAUUGGGAGGAGCUGUAUCGCCGGCUAAUGCUGCCUACUCAGCCGCUGAGCUCAAGCACCAGCUACUUGAUUCCAAGUCGACAGUAUUGUUCACAUGUCUUCCUUUGCUCUCUACCGCACUGGAGGCUGCUUCAAUGGCCGGGUUCCCUCGAAACCGCAUUUAUUUAAUCGACAUCCCAGCGCAACUGACCGGCAGUGCAAAAGCACCUGCAGAUUUUAAGUAUGUUUCCCAGCUUAUGGAGGCUGGGAAAUUUCUCCCUAAAUUAGAGCAACUUCAAUGGUCGGUCGGUGAGGGUGCUCGGCGAACGGCAUUUCUGUGCUACUCCAGUGGAACAUCUGGCUUACCCAAGGGCGUCAUGAUCUCCCAUCGCAAUGUUAUUGCCAAUGUUUUGCAAAUCAAGACUGCGGAAAAGCCGUAUCGUGAUUCUUUCAUCCCUCCUGGAAGCCAGUCUCACCACACUGAAAUCAUAUUGGGCCUUCUUCCUCAAAGUCACAUCUAUGCCCUGGUAGUUAUCUGUCAUGCGGGUCCCUACCGCGGUGAUCAGGUCAUUGUGCUGCCCAAGUUUGAGCUCAAGUCCUACCUAACCGCUAUCCAAACCUUCAAGAUAAGGACGCUGUUGUUGGUCCCCCCAAUUAUCAUUACAAUGCUACGAAAUGCCGAGGAGUGCGCCAAGUAUGAUCUUAGCUCUGUUACUUCAAUAUUUACCGGUGCAGCACCUUUGGGUAUGGAGACAGCCGUCGAGUUUAAAAAAGGUUACCCAAACGUUAUAUUGCGGCAAGGAUAUGGUCUCACGGAGACAUCAACUGUUAUCAGUACGACAUACCCACGUGAUGUGUUCCUCGGGUCGUCUGGCUGCCUACUUCCUGGAGUCGAAGCCCGUAUCAUGUCACCAGAGGGAGAGGAAAUCACAACUUAUGAUACUCCGGGUGAGCUUGUGGUCCGUAGUCCGAGCAUUGUCAUCGGAUACCUGGGAAAUGAAAAGGCCACCAAAGAAACCUUUGAGGAUGGCUGGAUGCGCACUGGUGACGAAGCUGUCUUCCGUCUGAGCCCGAAUAAUAACGAGCAUCUAUUCAUCGUUGAUAGAAUUAAAGAGUUGAUCAAGGUCAAGGGUUUGCAAGUUGCACCAGCUGAGCUUGAAGCUCACCUCCUUACUCAUCCUGCUGUUGCAGACUGUGCCGUCAUCGCUAUCCCAGACGAAGCUGCUGGGGAGGUUCCCAAGGCCAUAGUGGCUAAAUCUCCUUCCGCUGAUGCAGACGACGAGGCAACUGCGAAAGCCAUCAUUAAGCAUGUGGAAGAACAUAAAGCGCGGCAUAAGUGGCUAAAAGGUGGUGUUCGUUUCGUCGAUACUAUCCCCAAGAGCCCAAGCGGCAAGAUUUUACGCCGCUUGCUCCGUGACCAAGAGAAAGAAGCUCGCCGCAAAGCUGGCGUCAAACUAUAA